AUGCGUAAAUCCAGAGCAGAGUAUAUGCGAAUUUAUCGACAGAAGAAACGCGAGGAGAAAUUAAAACAUUCAAAGGUGGAGCUAAAACGAAUGCCUCGUAGUUCGACCCAACGUAGCAGGGAUUUCCGGGCGCGAUCACGAGCAGCUUUAUCAAUUCUCCCGAAGACAUCUGUGGCCGACCCCUCUCCCACCGCAGCUCCGAUUGUUGUCAAUCAUGAAAAUAUACAAGUGCCAUUGAUUAUUAUCAAGGAAUGUUCGAACAGUUCCGAGCCCAACGAGGGCUCUUCAAGGAGCGAAAUUACCUGCCCCGAUGUUGUUAGACCUCAUGCUGGAUUGGUGGCGCUGCCAAAGGUUGUUUUGUCGCCAUCUUCCAACUCAAGAUCCCUGUUAGUCGGUCACCCCCAAAACAUACACGAAUGCCCGAACAGUUCCGAGCUUAACGGCGGCCCUUCUUCAGUGAGCGAAAUUACCUGCCCCGAUGUUGUCAGGCCUAGAUUGGUGACGCUGCCACAGGUUGUUUUGUCGCCAUCUUCCAACUCAAGAUCCCUUUUAGUCGGUCACCCCCAAAACACACACGUAGUCGAAGCGUCCAGGAACCUCACGCCAUUACACCGAGACCUGAGCGAUGGAACUAUUUAUUUACCAGCGGUAGGCGAAGCAUCCGGAAGGCUAAAGAUGUCAGAUCGAGACAGGAGUGAUAGACCAAUUCAUUUGCCACCGGCCAACGAAAUCAUCACCAGCGUGUACCACUAUCUCCAAACCGAGUACGAGUACUUAAAGAGUUACAUCGGCAGUAAUUGCGAUUUGACUCCUUUGGGCAACAUCUUGAAUCGUACUGCAGAAGCCACUGGCGUCAGUGCACAGACCGUCACAUCACUCUUGGAGAACGGCAAGCGUGCACUGGGGUCCACACAUAAUACUGUUCAAGGAAAACGUGCCAAGUCUAGUCACUAUUCAAGUUACGAGGAUGAAGAUGUAAGUCCGAACGAAGAAGAGUCUAGUUGCGAAGAUUUACCGGAAGGACAUCACGUAGCCUUCGGAAUUCAGAAAGUACCUGUUAAAACACCGGCACAGUAUCAAAGAGAGUAUCGGCAGCGGCUGAAACAUAAAAAAUAUGAAUCAAGUCUUCAACAGCAAAGCAGUCAUCAAUUUGAAACGUUGCAAGUGGAAUUCGAAGAAGACGAGGACCACAGAAAUGCUGUGAAUGAAAGAAUGUGGGUGAAUGUUGAAGCCACACCUAGCGAGUCGACAGCUGGAUCUCAGAGCUUACUUUCAACGACACCUAAUGUUAAGAUCGAACCCCUCAACCCUGAAUACGAACAGACGAGCUCCGCUGUUCAAUACGAGCCACCUUCGGAACAUGUUGAGAUAAAGCAAGAGCCCAGCGAUACUGAAUACUGGCACCAAAAUGAACAAGGGAGUGAGGAAUUAGAAAGAUUGAAGAUGGAAUUUGAGGAAGAAGAAGACGAGGACCACAGAAAUGCUUUAAGGAAAAGGAGGUUGGAAAUUGAAGCCACAACUUGCGAGUUGAAUAAAGCGCCAAAAACUUCUGCAGAACGUGGUCGAGAAUUCAGAGCACGAAAAGCACUGCUUAAACAACUAAGGAAGCAACAACAGGAAGCAGAUGCAAUAAUUGAAAAUAGUGAUGGUUCAUCGGAAGACAACCAAGUCCCUGGACCCUCUGAAAUAAGGAAAAUAGAAAAAAGAUUAAGGGCUGCAGAGGCAACACGGCGAUGGAGAGAGAGAAAAAGAGGCGUUAGUGAAUCAUCAAAAAAACAGGCGAAAACUGCAGCUCAACGUAUGCGAGAAUACCGGCGGAGAAAAAAAUUAAAGAAUAGUAAAAGUAAAGAACGUCAACAACGAUACAGAGAGAAGAACAGAGAAAAACUAAAAAGGAACCAAGCGGAGAGAAGAAAUCGUAAACGACGUCUACAAAGCAUUGCAGAAUCAUCCGCAUCUUCAAACAUAAAUAGAAUAGAGUUAAUUAAUAAAGAAAUAACAGAUGGUAAUUCUCAAAGUUCAUCUGGUUUAGAAGGAACAGAAACAUCGACCAUUUAUAAGCAAAUUAAAGAAAAGAAUGCUCUCCAAAGGAAAAGAGAACGUCAAAGAAGAUACAGGGAGCAGAAUAGAGAAAAACUGAAGAAGCGUGAAGCGGAAAGAAGACAGCGUCUACUAAAUUCAGAUAGAGAUAGUCGGGGGGCCAGGAGGAGAUCCUCUGUUCACCACGAGCCACCUUCGGAACAUGUUGAGAUAAAGCAAGAGCCCAGCGAUACUGAAUACUGGCAAUCUACGUCCGCUGUGCCUCAUGUACCUCCUGACGCACUACCUGACCCCUUGAAGACAGAACCCACCGAAUAA